CCUCCAUCUCCUCCCUCCGUUCCCCAGUGUCACAUCCCCUAUACGGAGGGUCAACAGGCAGGUAUCCACUGUUUCUGGGAGCCAGGACAGGACCCACAGAUCCCCACCUCCUACAGACUGUGCUGGAACUCUACGGAGGGGUAAACACAUGUCUACUAUAGUCUGUAUACAUCCCAUCUUAAUAGAAUAUAUACAGGACAUCCUAUAAUCACAUUCACAAAUGACACAGACAUAGGCUAUCAUAAAUAAUAAUAACAUAAUAAUAUGCCAUUUAGCAGACGCUUUUAUCCAAAGCGACUUACAGUCAUGCGUGCAUAAAUGUUUGUGUAUGGGUGGUCCCGGGGUUCGAACCCACUACCUUGGCGUUACAAGCGCCGUGCUCUACCAGCUGAGCUACAGAGGACCACAGCUGAGCUACAGAGGACCAUAAACUAUCAUACAGUGGGGGAAAAAAAUAUUUAGUCAGCCACAAAUUGUGCAAGUUCUCCCACUUAAAAAGAUGAGAGAGGCCUGUAAUUGUCAUCAUAGGUACACGUCAACUAUGACAGACAAAUUGAGAAAGAAAAAUCCAGAAAAUCACAUUGUAGGAUUUUUUAUGAAUUUAUUUGCAAAUUAUGGUGGAAAAUAAGUAUUUGGUCACUUACAAACAAGCAAGAUUUCUGGCUCUCACAGACCUGUAACUUCUUCUUUAAGAGGCUCCUCUGUCCUCCACUCGUUACCUGUAUUAAUGGCACCUGUUUGAACUUGUUAUCAGUAUAAAAGACACCUGUCCACAACCUCAAACAGUCACACUCCAAACUCCACUAUGGCCAAGACCAAAGAGCUGUCAAAGGACACCAGAAACAAAAUUGUAGACCUGCACCAGGCUGGGAAGACUGAAUCUGCAAUAGGUAAGCAGCUUGGUUUGAAGAAAUCAACUGUGGAAGCAAUUAUUAGGAAAUGGAAGACAUACAAGACCACUGAUAAUCUCCCUCGAUCUGGGGCUCCACGCAAGAUCUCACCCCGUGGGGUCAAGAUGAUCACAAGAACGGUGAGCAAAAAUCCCAGAACCACACGGGGGGACCUAGUGAAUGACCUGCAGAGAGCUGGGACCAAAGUAACAAAGCCUACCAUCAGUAGGGGCGGCAGGUAGCUUAGUGGUUAAGAGCGUUGUGCCAGUAACCGAAAGGUCGCUGGUUCUAAUCCCCAAGCCAACUAGGUGAAAAAUCUGUCGAUGUGCCCUUUAGCAAGGCACUUAACCCUAAUUGCUCCUGUAAGUCGCUCUGGAUAAGAGCGUCUGCUAAAUGACGUAAAUGUAAAUGUAAUCAGUAACACACUAUGCCGCCAGGGACUCAAAUCCUGCAGUGCCAGACGUGUCCCCCUGCUUAAGCCAGUACAUGUCCAGGCCCGUCUGAAGUUUGCUAGAGUGCAUUUGGAUGAUCCAGAAGAGGAUUGGGAGAAUGUCAUAUGGUCAGAUGAAACCAAAAUAUAACUUUUUGGUAAAAACUCAACUCGUCGUGUUUGGAGGACAAAGAAUGCUGAGUUGCAUCCAAAGAACACCAUACCUACUGUGGAGCAUGGGGGUGGAAACAUCAUGCUUUGGGGCUGUUUUUCUGCAAAGGGACCAGGACGACUGAUCCGUGUAAAGGAAAGAAUGAAUGGGGCCAUGUAUCGUGAGAUUUUGAGUGAAAACCUCCUUCCAUCAGCAAGGGCAUUGAAGAUGAAACGUGGCUGGGUCUUUCAGCAUGACAAUGAUCCCAAACACACCGCCCGGGCAACGAAGGAGAGGCUUCGUAAGAAGCAUUUCAAGGUCCUGGAGUGGCCUAGCCAGUCUCCAGAUCUCAACCCCAUAGAAAAUCUUUGGAGGGAGUUGAAAGUCCGUGUUGCCCAGCGACAGCCCCAAAACAUCACUGCUCUAGAGGAGAUCUGCAUGGAGGAAUGGGCCAAAAUACCAGCAACAGUGUGUGAAAACCUUGUGAAGACUUACAGAAAACGUUUGACCUGUGUCAUUGCCAACAAAGGGUAUAUAACAAAGUAUUGAGAAACGUUUGUUAUUGGCCAAAUACUUAUUUUCCACCAUAAUUUGCAAAUAAAUUCAUUAAAAAUCUGAAUUAUUUUCCUCAUUUUGUCUGUCAUAGUUUACGUGUAUCUAUGAUGAAAAUUACAGGCCUCUCUCAUCUUUUUAAGUGGGAGAACUUGCACAAUUGGUGGCUGACUAAAUAUUUUUUUCCCCCCACUGUAUACUGUUCCUACACAGAUGCAAGAAUAGCUGUUUAUUUGCUGUGUUUGGAAACCUGCGGUGACUCGUGGUGUUUAGAAACCGAUGGAUUAAUGCUGUGUUUGUAACCAAGUGGGAAGUGGGAAUUUACCACCAUAGCGUUAGAUGGAGGACUCUAGAUGGAUAAAACCCAUUUGGCAUGGACAUUGUCAUUGAGGGAUUCACCAUUUUAAAGUAGUCAACUGGGUGGGACUUCCUAUGGGUGAAAGAAGGAUCACAUGAUUCCAUCCGGGUCAUCAGGAGGGAUCAGCCAAUGAAUUAUACUUGUGAGUAAGCAUUACAAUACUGUAGGUGGUAGUAAAUCGCCAUCCUUGGCUUUAUACCUGUUAAAACAACACACUCUAGAUGGCAGUACGCACCCUUUCAGUUUGUUUACCAACUCAUAGAAGUAGUAGAAGAAGAAAAUGGACUACUUCAAAAUGGAGAUGGCUCAAUGGCGCUGCCCGUGCCAGGGCCGGGCUUAUGUGCCCUAACGUACCUCCUUGUCGGUCCAAAUAAAAUAUUGAAAUAGUGAUCAUUUAUUUGACACAGAGGCGCACCGACAGAAAGACGUAUCAAUCUCAGAUAAAGCAUCCAAGCGAGCGAAACAGACAAGUUUCCCACUAGUAAUUACCAGUUGGAGGGCCGUUCAAAUUAUAAUUUUUUCCCAGUCAUGUGUGGUAAACACAGAGAAUGAUAGAGAUAUCAUCUUUGUAUCUGUCCCAUUAUGGCAUAUGUAAGAGCACAGGCAGCGCCAUUGAGACCAUCUCCAUUUUGAAGUAGUCUGUUUUCUUUUUCUACUACUUCUAUGAGUUGGCAAACAAACUGAAAGGGUGCAUACUGCGUUGUUUGUGUUGUUCGAAGAGGUUUAAAGCCGAGGUGUGUGUCUCUUUGUUAACAACAGCUUGUGUGCAUUCUCUAAUAUUAAGGAAGUCUCAAGGUUCUGCUCGCCUGAGUUAUAAUACCUCAUGAUAAGCUGUAGACCAUACUAUUUACCAAGAGAGUUUUCAUCAAUAUUUUUGUAGCUGUUUAUUUACCACCACAAACCGAUGCUGGCACUAAGACCGCACACAACGAGCUGUAUAGCGCCAUAAACAAACAAGAAAAUGCUCAUCCAGAGGCGGCGCUCCUAGUGGCCGGUGAUUAUAAUGCAGGGAAACUGACAUCUGUCUUACCUAAUUUCUACCAGCAUGUCACCUGUGCAACUACAGACGACAAAACUCUAGAUCACCUUUACUCCACACAAGUAUCUUCACUGACAUUUUCAAGUGCUCCCUGAGCCAGUCUGUAAUACCUACUUGUUUCAAGCAGACCACCAUAGUCCCUGUGCCCAAGAACACCAAGGUAACCAACAUCCCAGACACACUGGACCCACUUCAAUUCGCAUACCGCCCCAACAGAUCCACAGAUGUCGCAUUCUCUAUUGCUCUCCACACACUGCCCUCUCCCACCUGGACAAGAGGAACACCUAUGUGAGAAUGCUGUUCAUUGACUACAGCUCAGCGUUCAACACCAUGGUGCCCUCCAAGCUCAUCACUAAGCUAAGGACCCUGGCACUGAACACCUCCCUCUGCAACUGUAUCCUGUGCUUCCUGACGGGCCACCCCCAGGUGGUGAGGGUAGGCAACAACAUAUCCCCCACAAUGACCCUAAACACGGGGGCUCCUCAGGGGUGCAUGCUUAGUCCCCUCCUGUACUCCCUGUUCACCCGCGACUGCAUGGUCGCGCAUGACUCCAACACCAUCAUUAAGUUUGCUGACGACACGACGGUGGUAGGCAUGAUCAGCGAUGUAGGCCUAUAGGGAGGAGGUCAGAGACAUGGCAGUGUGGUGCCAGGACAACAACCUCUCCCUCAAAAGUCAGCAAGACAAAGGAGCUGAUCGUUGACUACAGGAAACAGAAGGCAAAGCACGCCCUCAUUCACAUCGACAGGGCUGUAGUGGAGUGGGUCGAGAGCUUCAAGUUCCUCGAUGUCCACAUCACUAAGGAUCUAUCAUGGUCCACACACACCAACACAGCUUCUACCCCCAAGCCAUAAGACUGCGAAAUAGUUAGUUUAAUAGCUACCCGGACAAUCUGCAUUGACCAUAUUUGCACUAACUUCUUUGACUCGUCACAGAAACGCUGCUGCUACUGUCUAUUAUCUAUUCUGUUGCCUAGUCACUUCAUUCCUAGUUAUAUGUACAUAUCUACCUCAAUGACCUUGUACCCCUGCACAUCGACCCAGUACUGGUACCCCGUGUAUAUAGCCAAGUUAUUGUUACUCAUUGUAUAUUUAUUAUUACUUUCGUUAUUACCUGUUAUUACUUUUCUAUUAUUUAUCUAUUUUCUUUCUCUCUGCAUUGUUGGGAAGGGCCCAUAAGUAAGAAUUUCACUGUUAGUCUACACAUGUUUAGGAAGCAUGUGACGAAUACAUCUUUAUUUAAUUUGGAAUGUUUGUUCACGAGUAUAAUUAAUUGUCUGAUCCCUCUUGAUGACCCGAAUGGAAUCAUGUGAUCCUUCCAUCACCCAUAAGAAGUCCCAACCAGUUGACUACUUUAAAAUGGUGGAAGCCCUCAAUGGCAAUGUCCAUGCUAAAAUGGGUUUUAUGCAUCUACAGUUCUCUAUCCAACCCUAUGGCGGUAAAUUCCCACUUCCCACUUGGUUACAAAUGCAGCAUAAGAGGCGAGCUCUUAUGCUGCGUUCGUAACCAAGUGGGAAUUUGGCUUUCUUUUCCGCGGUGGUGGGGUAAUGCGCAUUCACAAUGUUAACCUGCAGCUAAAGCUGGCACAAUUACUGUAUAACCGUGUAACCGACGGUUAUGGAUGAAAACCGUCAUGAAAAUAAAAUAACUGUCAUAACCGUGGUGUGGAAUGAACAGCUGACUGAAGGUGGGACGGCUGGGCAUUCUUGUGGUUGAGUCCGUUUCUGCGGUAACAUGGACUCUUAACAACGUGAUAAAACUUUGUUGCUCUUUGCUGAAACAAGCAAGGUGUUGUAGCAAACAAGUCUCCGGUUGCCUAGGCAAAACCUCUCUCCCUGCAGCAGCAGCACACAUAGAAAUACUGUAGAAUGAAUAAAACAGGCUUAGAACCUCUGACCCUGGCAAUUUGACUGGUAAACUCAUGAGUACACUCGCAAUGGCUGCUUUCUAUUGUGACGCAAUAAUUUCCAUGGUAAUGUACAGUUGAAGUCGGAAGUUUACAUCCACUUAGGUUGGAGUCAUUAAAACUCGUUUUUCAACCACUCCACACAUUUCUUGUUAACAAACUAUAGUUUUGGCAAGUGGGUUAGGACAUCUACUUUGUGCAUGACACAAGUAAUUUUUCCAACAAUUGUUUACAGACAGAUUAUUUCACUUAUAAUUCACUGUAUCACAAUUCCAGUGGGUCAGAAGUUUACAUACACUAAGUUGACUGUGCCUUUAAACAACUUGGAAAAUUCCAGAAAAUGAUGGCAUGGCUUUAGAAGCUUCUGAUAGGCUAAUUGACAUCAUUUGAGUCAAUUGGAGGUGUACCUGUGGAUGUAUUUCAAACUCAGUGCCUCUUUGCUUGACAUCAUGGGAAAAUCAAAAGAGAUCAGCCAAGACUUCAGAAAAAGAUUGUAGACCUCCACAAGUCUGGUUCAUCCUUGGGAGCAAUUUCCAAACGCCUGAAGGUACCACGUUCAUCUGUACAAACAAUAGUACGCAAGUAUAAACACCAUGGGACCACGCAGCCUUCAUCCACUCAGGAAGGAGACGCGUUCUGUCUCCUAGAGAUGAACAUACUUUGGUGAGAAAAGUGUGAAUCAAUCCCAGAACAACAGCAAAGGACCUUGUGAAGAUGCUGGAGGAAAUGGGUACAAAAGUAUCUAUAUCCACAGUAAAACGAGUCCUAUAUCGACAUAACCUGAAAGGCCGCUCAGCAAGGAAGAAGCCACUGCUCCAAAACCACCAUAAAAAAGCCAGACUACGGUUUGCAACUGCACAUGGGGACAAAGAUCGUACUUUUUGGAGAAAUGUCCUCUGGUCAUAAUGACCAUCGUUAUGUUUGGAGGAAAAAGGGGGUGCCUUGCAAGCCGAAGAAUACCAUCCCAACCGUGAAGCACGGGGUGGCAGCAUCAUGCUGUGGGGGUGCUUUGCUGCAGGAGGGACUGGUGCACUUCACAAAAUAGAUGGCAUCAUGAGGAAGGAAAAUUAUGUGGAUAUAUUGAAGCAACAUCUCAAGACAUCAGUCAGGAAGUUGUGGAAAAAUGGCUUAAGGACAACAAAGUCAAGGUAUUGGAGUGGCCAUCACAAAGCCCUGACCUCAAUCCUAUAGAAAAUGUGUGGACAGAACUGAAAAAGCGUGUGCGAGCAAGGAGGCCUACAAACCUAACUCAGUUACACCAGCUCUGUCAGGAGGAAUGGGCCAAAAUUCACCCAACCUAUUGUGGGAACUUGUGGAAGGCUACCCGAAACAUUUGACCCAAGUUAAACAAUUUAAAGGCAAUGCUAACAAAUACUAAUUGAGUGUAUGUUAACUUCUGACCCACUGGGAAUGUGAUGAAAGAAAUAAAAGCUGAAAUAAAUCAUUCUCUCUACUAUUAUUCUGACAUUUCACAUUCUUAAAAUAAAGUGGUGAUCCUAACUGACUUAAGACAGGGAAUUUGUCCUAGGAUUAAAUCUCAGGAAUUGUGAAAAACUGAGUUUAAAUGUAUUUGGCUAAGGUGUAUGUAAACAUUUACAUUUUAGUCAUUUAGCAGACGCUCUUAUCCAGAGCGACUUACAGUUAGUGAGUGCAUACAUUUUCAUACUGUAUAAUCCCCCGUGGGAAACGAACCCACAACCCUGGCGUUGCAAGCGCCAUGCUCUACCAACUGAGCUACAGGGGACUAAACUUCCAACUUCAAUUGUAAAUGUUAAUUCUAAUGACGUUAACUGAUGUGGCUCAUGUAAUAUAAUGUAUUUUUUGUAAUGUCAGUUGAGUUGAAUCAACAAAUCACAGCACAUAUUGAUGGGUACGCUUCACGCUUUUACUUCCUGCUUUGCUCCUAGGUUGAAGAUGGGAAGGUUAAAACAACGGCGUCUCAAUAAUGCGGAGGUUCUACCACUCUGAAUAAACCAUGGGACCAACUCAAGCAUUGUAGCUAUGGUGACUAGGCUGGUGAAAAAAAUAAUGCAUUUUAAGCUAAUGCCAGAAAACAGACAACAACCAUCUAACCAACAUCUAGGUUGAAGAUUACAAGGUUAAGACAACUGUGUUCUAAUAUCCCAUAACUCUUUGCAAUUCAUGGGACCAGUAUUGCUAGUUAGCAAUGGCACUAGUAGUUAUCAAUGGUGCUGGUCCCAUGAAUUUGUUUAUUUUUCGAAUGCUUCUGCAUGGAAUUAUUACGUGGUCUUAACGUUGUAUUUCUUUUACCUAGACUGAAGACUAGGUUAAAAAAAUACAAUCACAGAGUUACUAAACCCAGAGGCGCAACAUCGCGAGACAUCCGGGAACGCUUGAGACCAGGCCGGGAUUUGGGGUUUGAGAAGUCAAUGAGAGAAGUGAAAAUGUUUUCCUUAGUUGUUCAUUUUCUUGAAAUCUAAAGGCACAACCUAGAUUCGAGCCAAUGUCUUAAAGAUGCUCUAUGGUUGCUAAAAUUCUAAUAGUUCGCCUAAUUUCAGUUUGUGACAAAACAAGCAAGUAUAGUGUGGAGAAUCAUUGUACCAUCUAAUAUCUUUUCCACAACCACAUUUUUUUAUUUUCAGCUGUUUGAAGCUGGUGUGCAAAACCGAAAGUAAAAGAAGCAAAAGCUCAACUUAAGAACGGGAAGCAUAGAAAUAGCGCACUUAGAACAUAUCUACCUCUUCUUAAACUUCCUUUCAAUGAGAAUGACAGAUCUAUACCACACAUUUCUAUGUGAAUUUGGUCGGGUCGCCCAAAAAAGUACAUUUACGUCAUUUAGCAGACGCUCUUAUCCAGAGCGACUUACAAAUUUGUGCAUUCACCUUAUAACCAGUGGGAUAACCACUUUACAAUAUAUAUUUUUUUUUUGGGGGGGGUGGGGUAAGGGGGGGUAGAAGGAUUACUUUAUCAUAUCCCAGGUAUUCCUUAAAGAGGUGGGGUUUCAAGUGUCACCGGAAGGUGGUGAGUGACUCCGCUGUCCUGGCGUCGUGAGGGAGCUUGUUCCACCAUUGGGGUGCCAGAGCAGCGAACAGUUUUGACUGGGCUGAGCGGGAACUGUGCUUCCGCAGAGGUAGGGGGGACAGCAGGCCAGAGGUGGAUGAACGCAAUGCCCUCGUUUGGGUGUAGGGACUGAUCAGAGCCUGAAGGUACAGAGAUGCCGUUCCCCUCACAGCUCCGUAGGCAAGCACCAUGGUCUUGUAGCAGAUGCGAGCUUCAACUGGAAGCCAGUGGAGUGUGCGGAGGAGCGGGGUGACGUGAGAGAACUUGGGAAGGUUGAACACCAGACGGGCUGCGGCAUUCUGGAUGAGUUGUAGGGGUUUAAUGGCACAGGCAGGGAGCCCAGCCAACAGCGAGUUGCAGUAAUCCAGACGGGAGAUGACAAGUGCCUGGAUUAGGACCUGUGCUGCUUCCUGUGUAAGGCAGUGUCGUACUCUCUGAAUGUUGUAGAGCAUGAACCUACAGGAUCGGGUCACCGCCUUGAUGUUAGCGGAGAACGACAGGGUGUUGUCCAGGGUCACGCCAAGGCUCUUCGCACUCUGGGAGGAGGACACAACGGAGUUGUCAACCGUGAUGGCGAGAUCAUGGAACGGACAGUCCUGCCCCGGGAGGAAGAGCAGCUCCGUCUUGCCGAGGUUCAGCUUGAGGUGGUGAUCCGUCAUCCACACCGAUAUGUCUGCCAGACAUGCAGAGAUGCGAUUAGCCACCUGGUUAUCAGAAGGGGAAAAGGAGAAGAUUAGUUGUGUGUUGUCUGCGUAGCAAUGAUAGGAGAGGCCAUGUGAGGAUAUGACAGAGCCAAGUGACUUGGUGUAUAGCGAGAAUAGGAGAGGGCCUAGAACUGAGCCCUGGGGGACACCAGUGGUGAGAGCAUGUGGUGCGGAGACAGAUUCUCGCCACGCCACUUGGUAGGAGCGACCGGUCAGGUAGGACGCAAUCCAAGAGUGAGCCGCGCCGGAGAUGCCCAGCUCGGAGAGGGUGGAGAGGAGGAUCUGAUGGUUCACAGUAUCAAAGGCAGCAGACAGGUCUAGAAGGACAAGAGCAGAGGAGAGAGAGUUCGCUUUAGCAGUGCGGAGAGCCUCUGUGAGACAGAGAAGAGCAGUCUCAGUUGAAUGACCAGUCUUGAAAUCUGACUGGUUUGGUCAAGAAGGUCAUUCUCAGAGAGGUAGCAAGAGAGUUGGCUAAAGACGGCACGCUCAAGAGUUUUGGAGAGAAAAGAAAGAAGGGAUACUGGUCUGUAGUUGUUGACAUCAGAGGGAUCGAGUGUUGGUUUUUUGAGAAGGGGUGCAACUCUCGCUCUCUUGAAGACGGAAGGGACAUAGCCAGCGGUCAAGGAUGAGUUGAUGAGCGAGGUGAGGUAAGGGAGAAGGUCACCGGAGAUGGUCUGGAGAAGAGAGGAGGGGAUAGGGUCAAGCGGGCAGGUUGUUGGGCGGCCGGCCGUCACAAGUAGCAAGAUUUUAUCUGGAGAGAGAGGGGAGAAAGAAGUCAAAGCAUAGGGUAGGGCAGAUUGAGCAGGACCAGCAGUGUCAUUUGACUUAACAAACGAGGAUCGGAUGUCGUCAACCUUCUUUUCAAAAUGGUUGACGAAGUCAUCCACAGAGAGGGAGGAGGGGGGGGGAGGGGGGGAGGAGGAUUCAGCAGGGAGGAGAAGGUGGCAAAGAGCUUCCUAGGGUUAGAGGCAGAUGCUUGGAAUUUAGAGUGGUAGAAAGUGGCUUUAGCAGCAGAAACAGAUGAAGAAAAUGUAGAGAGGAGGGAGUGAAAAGAUGCCAGGUCCGCAGGGAGUCUAGUUUUCCUCUAUUUCCGCUCGGCUGCCCGGAGCCCUGUUCUGUGAGCUCGCAAUGAGUCAUCAAGCCACGGAGCAGGAGGGGAGGACCGAGCCGGCCGGGAGGAUAGGGGACAUAGAGAGUCAAAGGAUGCAAAAAGGGAGGAGAGGAGGGUUGAGGAGGCAGAAUCAGGAGAUUGGAGGGAGAAGGAUUGAGCAGAGGGAAGAGAUGAUAGGAUGGAAGAGGAGAGAGUAGCGGGAGAGAGAGAGACAUAUUGUAGCUUUAAGUAGUUGAACUUGUUAUUAGUCAAACCUCGUGAAGGUGAUAAAAUGACACGUUUACAUUUUCGUCAAAAACAACUUUAUAUUGAAGGAAUGCCAUUGAUUUGACGGCCUGCACAUGCGCAGUUCGACGCGAGACAACCGUGUUUCUACACAUGAGCUAAGUUAGCCAACGUCGCCAUGACAUCAACUACAAGUGUGACCAGGUUAUUUCUAUUGGAUAAGCAGUUUUAGCCUAUCUUCAUACUGUACUGCAUUAGAAAAAAAUUAACAUUCAUGGGACCAGCGCCAUUAAUAACUACCAGAGACGAGGAGGAUGAGAGAGGCUCAACUCGGCAGAAAAUCUGUCUCCCUCCAGUAGGUGGUGUUUUUCUGUGGUUUCUGAGGUUAAUGAGAAUGUCGAAUUUGGUCAACAUAAAAUGUAUGGCUUAUUUGCUACGUGAGGUUUAUUUGAUCGAAUAGAAGUUUCGUAAUGCUGAAGUUGUUAUGAGUGUACUGAUAUAAGUAGGACACAUGACGUCCCGGCAACGUUGAGAAAAAAACACUUUAUAUUGGAGUUGUCUCGAGAUGGCUAUGCAUAUGCAUGGCAUGAGGCUAGUAGCAUAGCAUCUCUCUCCAUUGAGUACAGGCGGUUGACAUCAACAACCCUAUUUGAAUAGUCAAAAAAGAAUUACAAUAAUGUGAUGUAUCCACCAAUACAAAGAAAGGAUAGGCGGGAGCUAGACAGCCCGCCGUGCCACUUUGUGGACAACGACUCCCAUUGAUAGGGUGGAGAGAUGCAUUUUUUCAGUAUAUCCAUAAUCUUUAUAACUACUAACGCCGUUGCUAACUAGCAUCGCUGGUCCCAUGACUUGCAAAGAGUUAUGGGAUAUUAGAACCCCGUUGUCUUACCUUGUAACCUAGAUGUUAGCUAGCUGGCUAGAUGGUUGUUGUCUUUUUUCUGGCAUUAGUUUUCACCAGCCUUAUGAUCUGCUUCAGACCGCUUGCCUUCUGCCUAGGCACCGUAGCUACAACGCUUGAGUUGGUCCCAUGGUUGACUCAGAGCGGUAGAUCCUUGUAACGCUGUUGUCUUAACCUUCCCAUCUUCAACCUAGCUUUGCUCCUAUGGGACACUCACAAUGGCUUCCAGUCCACCCAUUAUGCCAUCAUUGACUUGAUGGGGACGCCCGUUUUGUUCAUUCUAUUUCUAUGGCAGCGCCUGCAGUCAGGAGCGGCGGAGAGUAGAAAAUGUGAGUCUUUUCCUUUGCUAUGUGAACGGUUGUUACGUGACCGCGGUCAUUUGACUGGCCAAUAGCUGUCAUCCAAAAUUCCAUGACCAUCACAGCCCUACCUGCUGCCGUGUGUUAUGCCUGGUGUGUUGGAGCUAGGUCUGUGUCUGUGGUCUAGGACUGUAUGUCUGCACAGUGCUGUCAGCUGUGGUGUUUGGGGUUUGGGUGUGUAUUUAUGUGUCUUGCAUCUUCCUUUUCCUUUUCAGCGGUAGCGGCUUCGUGGAGGGCACCAAUGUGAGUGGCGUGAUCCCUCGUGACCUUUACUCCAGUUUCAGUUUCAUGACUGUGUUGGUCAGAGCUGAGAACCAGCAUGGCUCUGCCAAGUCUAAAACGGUUGAAUUCAACUCUGGCGAUAUCAGUGAGUCAGUCAGGGAUGACUCUUCUCUGUACAUUCCCUAUUCAUUCAGAGGGACAGACAUUACACUUUCAGUCACACUCUCUCUCUCUCGUGCUCUUUCUCUCCCCCCACCCACCCUCACUCUCUCUAUCUCUCUCUCUCUUUCUCUCUCUUUCUUUCCCUCUUUCUUCCACUCUCUCCCACUCUGUCCUCUCUUCCCUAUCCAUUCCUCUACCAGAAAAGCCACCCACCCCUAACAUCACUCACCAUUGUCCUCCGCCUCUGGAGAUCUACUGGACAUUGCAGUGUCAUGAUCUAGGCAGCUCUGACCCACACUGUGAGGUCCAGUAUCGCACCCAGGACCAGCAGGGCUGGACUCAGGUGAGUGAGCUGAGCAUGGCUGGGGUUUUGUUCAUUUCCCCAUACAAUGGCUGUCUACCGAUUCUCCACCCUUCUCCCCAAGUGCGCACUUGUUCACUUCCAUUCAUGGAUUUAAAAUACAAUGACUGGUAUAAGAAAUAUGUUGGAAAGUCCCUCCCGCCCACUCCUAGCCCAAACCUACACCAAUCCAAUGUGGGGAGUACUGUGCGAGUGUGCACUUCAGGAGAGAAGACUGGGUAUUUUGGGAGCGGUCGAUAUGUAAUAAUAAUAAUAAUAUAAUAAUAAUAUAAUAAAAUAUAAUAUGCCAUUUAGCAGACAAACCCAAUUAUGUUUUUUCAAUUUCAGUUGGGGAGGGUUUAGUAUUUUUUUAUUUAGUCCAGGGGAGGGUCACGCAAUAUCAAGUCAGCCUAGUGUGGUCUCAAUCAAAUGAUCCAUAGCCUAUACUAUAGGCAAUAGGCCAAGGCUAUACGAAAAGCAUGCUUCUAAGAAAAUUUACUUUCUUCCCGAGUUUAUGCGCUGCUCGGAUGGUGUAUAUAAAACUAGCCUACACUGCAUUACACACUGCAAUGGAUAGGCUAUCCCAAUCAUGAGCCCUGGACAAAAAUUGCAAUAUCUGUUCGCGCGGAGUUGGCCUGCUGAUGUCCUGUUCAGUUUGAGAGGGAGAGCUGAAGAUGAGGAGGACUGGAGGUAAACAUCAUGUUUCGUUGCCCAUAAUGAAGAUAUUUAUCAGAGUUAUUGACCUCACGAUAAGCCAUAUUCAAGACUUACAUUACUAUGAACCGGCAGCCACGGAGAUGGACAGCGCAUGGGUGCUGAAAGUAGGCUAAUUCGAGGCCUAAUUCAUUUAAACAGUUAAUUUUAAUUUGACUUUAGGCUACUAACAACAGGAGGGCUUUGUGUUGGAGCCUAUUUCUUACUUUUCAAUAAAUAAGUGGUAGGACUAACUGUUUGACAGAUGCAAUUAUAGCCAACUAUCCAUAGAUUUUGUCAGCCAAUUCAUUCAGUCACCAUGCACUCCUUAAAGAUCUCAGUGUCAGUGAAGGGCUUGGUGAGUUAAGUUAAAACCAGGGCUUGAAUUGAGAAAAUGGCUAAAAGCAUAGUCCUUGUUAGCUUAAGAUUUAGAAAAACAGUUAAUGGACCUGAUUAUAUAAAGUGAUCUGUAACAACGCUUUAGUCCGCAAUGCUAGAAACAAGCUGUAAAAUGCUGGGGAAACUCUGAUGCAUAUGGGAUAUCUUUGGUUUGUCUCUAUGACAUUCAAAGGCUGUGCUACAACCUUCUAUAGUCAAGGAGACAAAACAUGUACUUUGCUUGAGAAGUAAUGUGUGAUUCUGUCACUAUCAAUUGACGUUCCACAUUUCAACAGGCUAUUAAACAACACACUACCUCCAAAUCAGUCAGUAGCAAACCAGGUAGCCUAAGAAGGAACGAAAAUGAAUUAUUUAGGCUAUAUUAUUAUUAUUAUUAUUAUUAUUAUUAUUAAUAAUAAUAACAAGGCUAUAGCCUGCCAUUUUAAGAAAUGAAUUGUGAAGCGUUUGUGCCACGCUACAGGCUGGCAGGAGCGCUCAGCAUUUCAACAACACAUCAACAACAGCACUUCAACAACAUGACUAUACAUUUCACAUUUAGGUUGUAUAAAAUGAGAAUAAAAUAUACUUUGAAUUAAAUAAUAAAGAAAGGAAAAAUGCCUUAUUAGGCCAUACAGUCAUUUUAUACUGCCUUUUAAUUCACUUUUAGGAACACGAGUUUGGCCGGUCUUUGGUUUGAAGAUCAUGCAGUGAGCUAUGCAUGCCUAGUUUGUUAAUUUAGCCUAGCAGAUACUCUUAUAUUCCCAUGCCCUAAUCACAGUCAACACAAAUCAAUUUUGUAACAACAAUAUUAUGGAAUAAAAUAGAAUAAAUUAGAAAAUGAUAGUUUCCCAAACGAAGAAAAGAUACAAGUGCAUAUAGCCCUACCUGAUGAUAUGUGGUUGUUGAUAUUUCAGUUGUAACUGGUUCUGUUGCUCUACAUUUUUGCAGUUGAUAGACAACUUUGUCUACUUUGCCAUGUAAUGCUUAGAAAAUGAAGAACAGUUUCUAAAACUGCAUAUCUAAGGCUCUGGUCUGCCAUAGGAGUGAGGGUAAACGGUAAUCAUGUUUUCUGCUAUCCACUUUAUGUUUGAAGUAUUAGAUUUUUUGGGGACCAAUUUGUUUGUCAAAAUCAAUUUGCAGGCAGAAAAGGCCAGCUAUUUCAAAAUAUAUAUAGCUCUAUUAUCAUUUUACUUUCUAUAAGGUUUUAAAUGUGAAAGUGUAGCCUGGAGUUGUUUUUUAAUCCAAAAUAAUCCCCCAUCCCUGGGACCGCCUCUUUCCCAUCCCUGUUCUUUUGUGUGUCAUUCUUUCAUGUCCUGCUCAGGAAGACCAGCUCCUACGCAACUUCCUGCUCCUGACUCCACGGCCCUACACUGUGUAUGAGUUCCAGGUGCGCUGUGCCUGUGAGGGCCCUGAGGCCCUGAUGAGUGACUGGAGCUCAGUCUACACAGCACAGAGUUCUGAGUCAGGUCUGUCAGUGGGUGCUGAUGGGUAAUGUAGUCCUGUGGUCUCCACAGCUUGAAAAUAUGUGUGCACUUAUUCUGUGGUGAUAGAUGAUCAAACUAUUUCUCUCUCUCUCUCUCAGCGCCUGUGAAAGCAUUGGAUGUGUGGAGUGACUGUGGAGUCACCUCUGAGCUUUCUCAAUGUGCCCUUAUGUGGAAGGUAUGUUAACGCAACAUCCCAUCAUAAUAGGAAAUAUAUCAUAAUAUAUCAUAUAUACUGUACAGUACCAGUCAAAAGUUUGGACACACCUACUCAUUCUUUAUUUUUACUAUUUUCUACAUUGUAGAAUAAUAGUGAAGACAUCAAAACUAUGAAAUAACACAUAUGGAAUCAUGUAGUAACCAAAAAAGUGUUAAACAAAGAUUCUUCAAAGUAGCCACCCUUUGCCUUGAUGACAGCUUUGCAUAGUCUUGACAUUCCCUCAACCAUCUUCAUGAGGUAGUCACCUGGAAUGCAUUUCAAUUAACAGGUGUGCCUUGUUAAAAGUUAAUUUGUGGAAUUUCUUUCCUUCUUAAUGUGUGUAUAGCAAGAACAGCUCAAAUAAGCAAAGAGAAAGGACAGUCCAUCCUUACUUUAAGACAUGAAGGUCAGUCAAUCCGGAAAAUUUCAAGAACUUUGAAAGUUUCUUCAAGUGCAGUCACAACAACCAUCAAGCGCUAUGAUGAAACUAUCUCUCAUGAGGACCGCUACAGGAAAGGAAGACCCAGAGUUACCUCUGCUGCAGAGGAUAAGUUCAUUAGAGUUACCGGCCUCAGAAAUUGCAGCCCAAAUAAAUGCUUCACAGAGUUCAAGUCACAGACACAUCUCAACAUCAACUGUUCAGAGGAGACUGUGUGAAUCAGGCCUUCAUGGUCGACUUUCUGCAAAGAAACCACUACUAAAGGACACCAAUAAGAAGAAGAGACUUGCUUGGGCCAAGAAACACGAGCAAUGGACAUUAGACCAGUGGAAAUCUGUCCUUUGGUCUGAUGAGUCCAAAUUUGAGAUUUUUGGUUCCAACCGCCGUGUCUUUGUCAGACGCAGAGUAGGUGAACGGAUGAUCUCCGCAUGUGUGGUUCCCACCGUGAAGCAUGGAGGAGAGGUGUGAUGGUGUGGGGGUGCUUUGCUGGUGACACGGUCUGUGAUUUAUUUAGAAUUCAAGGCACACUUAACCAGCAUGGCUACCACAGCAUUCUGCAGCGAUACGCCAUCCCAUCUGGUUUGCGCUUAGUGGGACUAUCAUUUGUUUUUCAACAGGACAAUGACCCAACACACCUCCAGGUUGUGUAAGGGCUAUUUGACCAAGAAGGACAGUGAUGGAGUGCUGCAUCAGAUGACCUGGCCUCCACAAUCCCCCGACCUCAACCCAAUUGAGAUGGUUUGGGAUGAGUUGGACCGCAGAGUGAAGGAAAAGCAGCCAACAAGUGCUCAGCAUAUGUGGGAACUCCUUCAAGACUAUUGGAAAAGCAUUCCAGGUGAAGCUGGUUGAGCAAAUGCCAAGGGUGUGCAAAGAUGUCAUCAAGGCAAAGGGUGGCUACUUAGAAGAAUCUCAAAUAUAAAAUAUAUUUUGAUUUGUUUAACACCUUUAUGGUUACUACAUGAUUCCAUAUGUGUUAUUUCAUAGUUUUGAUGUCUUCACUAUUAUUCUACAAUGUGGAAAAUAGUAAAAAUAAAGAAAAACCCUUAAAUGAGUAGGUGUGUCCAAACUUUUGACUGGGACUGUACAUAUAUAGCAAACUCUAUACCAUAUAAUCAGGUUAGACAAGUGAUUCAUGUUUCAAAGGAUUAUGCAUUUUCUAAUCAUAAGAACUUCAAAACAUUUACAUAAUUUAGCAGGCACUCUUAUCCAGAGCGGCUUACAUAAGCAAAUAGGGUUAAGUGCCUUGCUCAAGGGCACAUCGACAGAUUUUUCACCUAGUCGGCUCAGGGAUUCAAAUCAGCAACCUUUCGGUUACUGGCCCAACGCUCUUAACCGCUAGGCUACAUGCCGCCCCAAAACACCCCCGUUCCCUACAGCCUGCUAUAACUAAUACCCCUGUCUGGUAUCUAUCCUCAGGAGAUGCCCACCUGGUUGGCUCAGGGGAAGGUGCUGGGGUACGUGGUGACAUUAUCACACAGUAAUGGGACAGUGAAGGUUGUGAACAUGUCCACGUCAGAGCUUGAUGGCCCGUGUGUCUGUCAAGAGAAGAGAUGCCGCUUCACUCCCUCUCUGCAGGGUGUAUCAGGGGUGGAUGUGUCAGUCUACAAUUCCCAGGGUGCCAGCAAACCUGCUCCCCUAGCUCUACCCACAUUAGGUAAGGGAAUGGGGUGUGAGUGUGUGUGUGUUUGUGUGUGAGAGAAAGAGAGAAAUAAAGGGAGUUGUUAAAAAGAGAGAGGGAUAAUAGAGUGAAGGUUUGUAUGUUUCUGUCUUCACAUAUUCACACGUUUUCUCUUCCGCUCAGGUCUACAGGUGCCAGAGCUAUCCUUCACUGUGAACCUGGAUAUAUUGAGCCUCAAUGUAUCCUGGUCUCUGCCACCCCAGGCCAUUGAAAACAUGCAGGAGUAUGUGGUACAGUACAAGAAGAUGGGACAUCCUCUGACAAAGGGUUUUGAUUGGAUAAAAGUACACCAAAAAAAUACAUCAAUCAUUUUAAGAGGUUUGUGUGGCUUAAAUUGAUCAAUAAUACCAUUUCUCUCUGAACAUAUUUCAAGAUCCCCGGGACCACCCAUACACAAAAAUGUAUGCACGCAUGACUGUAAGUCGCUUUGGAUAAAAGCGUCUGCUAAAUGGCAUAUUAUUAUAUUAUUAUAAGAUAUUUUGUAGUGUUUCAAAUUGGUUUCAAGAUGACAGCAUCACCUUUGUCUCUGUCUCCACCUACAGGUGACUUUGAGAAACACACUGCUUACAAUGUGUCAUUGUUUGCGGUGUUCAUCAACAGUAGCUGCCUGCUUGCAUCUACAAUUGGGUAUUCACUUCAUGGACGUAAGUAUAUUAGAGCAUGGAAAUACAAGUCUUUAUAAUGUACUUGCCAGUAUGUAAUCAGUGCAAUUAGUGCACAUGACCGAUUUUCAGUGGAGUAAACGAACUUGAAAUAUAAAGUCUUUACCUAAUGUUAAUUUGUCCGGUCUUUUAACUCCCUGUAAAACAUGAUUAUUUUUUUUAUUGUUUACAUUUGUGUUCCUUUUGUUUAUUCCUCACUCCGUUUCACCUCCAUCUUUUCUUCUCUCUAUCACUCCUCAGUCCCACCCAAAGUGCCUGUGUUCAAUGUCCAGCAAAUCGCUGACUCUGAUGUGACUUUGUCCUGGCAACACAUCUCCCUGAACCAGAGUAAGGGGCUCAUACUGCGCUAUCAGCUGGUACUAAACAACUUUACAGGUAUACAACACAAAGACAUUGGAGGACCAUCUGGGAUAAAUGAGCUAUCUUUUGUUGUUAUAUUGUUAUAAUAAAAGUACAGUGUCCACUGUUCAUUGUGUACAUUAGCAUAAAAUACAGCAUUAAAUUGUAGUAGAUUAAAUAGUAUUAAAUAUUUAAGCCUGUUCCCAGAUCUGUUUGUUCUGUCCUGCAAACUCCUAUAGUCAUUGUCACACAGACACAGCACAAACCGAUCUGGGACCAGACUAUCCACAGGCUACCGUACUGCACACUCUAGUUCCCACACAUCAGUGGCCUUGCUCACAAUCAUUCAACCUUUCCUCCAUCUGCAGUGUACAACGUGAGUGCGGACCAGAGCAGCUUCCAUCUGUUAGGACUUACACCGGGUCACCACCAGGUCUGGAUCAGGGCUGAGACUAAGGCUGGACUGGGACCCAGUGAAACCAUCAGCUUCUCCACCAAGAACAGCCAUGGUAUUCUACCACUUGUCGUUUGAUUGUGGUCCUCCUGGACUGGCCUCACUCUGCCAUGUAGUAAUUUGAUAGUGUAUAGCUGUUAUAGGUUCUCUAACAACCGUGAUGAGAUGUAUUAAGUGUUUAUGUGCCCUAACUGGUGACACUGAGGUUGUGUAUAACACUGUAAUUAUUAUUUAUUAUUAAACAACCUAGAAAUAUUAUUGUAUGUUGUGUAUAAUACUGUAUAUAACAUCACCUUUAAAACAGAAAAGGGUCCUGAAGUUCCUUAGAAAGUAAUAACAGUCUAAUAUUGAAUGCACCUUUGUGCUACAGUAUGUGAUUAUGAACAUGGAUUGCGAUCUAAUUGGUCAUUUUGCCUUCUGACCUCCCCCAUCUCUCUCCCUUUGUUGUCACAGGUUACCUCAGAUAUCUGCUGCCAUUAAUAUUAAUAUUAAUAAUGUUGCCAUUGGUCAUCAUCUUAAGGUGAGAGACUGGAUUCCCAUACUUCAACCCCAAUAGCCUAAUUCUGAUUAUUUUCUCAUUGUCUUGAACCAGGGCCAUGUUCAUUAGGGCACACUGAUACAAAAUGUUUUUAAAGGCUUUGCAACAUUUCGUGCCGACUGAACACAUACAGGGUGUGGUGCUCUCUCAUGUCUCCUUCCUCUAACCCUCUGAAAGUUCACCCAUGCCAGAAAUAGUUUACAAAAGGGGAAACGCUUGAGGAAGUGGAAAUCCGAACGGGCAGUUGAGUUGGGCUUUCAAUUGUGCCCUCCAUUCGUAACAAGUGGUCUUGAUCAAAAACAUAAAACAAACAAUAUGUUUGACCCCUUUCAACUAAAACAUACUGGAUAAUAUAUUUCUACCACUUUUAGGGUGAUAUACAAAUGGACAAGUCAAUUCAAGGAAUUGUGAACUCUUUAGGCCCUUUUGGUGUGAAGUAUGUGAAUGAUAGUGUUGUUUAUUUUCUGUAGUAUACAAAUGAAGACUUGCUUCUUGGUUCCUGAGUGGUGUUGUGAGAAAGGGCCUGACCCCAGCAACAGCAAUCUGUUCCAACAGAUGAAAUUGCAGGUGAGAUCAGAGCAGACUAUCACUAUGUGGCUGUGACUGACUGAUCUACUAUCAGUUAGUCUGAUAUUAGUUAGUCUUAUAGUAUUCUAGUUAGUGGUAGACAGAGCCCCAGGCAGAGGCCCAGUUCAUCAUGUCUUCCUGCCUGGUUUUUCUUCCUCCAGCCAUUUAGGGUUGGGAGCUAACUACCUAUAGAUAGAGAUGGUAUAUUCUUUGUAGUGUUCCAGUAAGAACCUGUUGUAAAAUAAAGAAUGUGCGUACUAUAUGAACCUAAAUAUUGAUUAUACCACAUACAGUAGCAGGGGCUGUAUUGGGCUAGUAAUAUACCAUUCCCUUGAGUUAUAUUAUCACCAGUCAGAGGCAUAACAUACAACCAUAGAGGACUAAAUGAAUGUGUCUGACUCCCUGCCUGUCGUUGCUCUAGUUUAACAGCUCCUUGACGGUGAUAUGCUCUCCUCUGGAGUCUAACCCAAAGAUCUCUGAGCUGGAGGUGGUGGAAAACCUUUUCUGGGAUGCCAAGGCCUGCCCUAGGAAAAGGUCCAGCCCUGAUGGACAGACAGAGGGGAUGUUGGGAGAGGAACGCACCCACACAAGGACUGACACAGAGGGGGAUAAGGAGGAGGUUGCUGACAAGGGUUACAGUAAAAUUAUUGACACUGACGAGGAGGAGAGGGACGGGGGAGAGUCCGGGAGCUUGUCGGGGGACGAUCAGUUUGUUUCGGACUAUGAGAAGCAUUUCAUGCCUUUG